UUGUUUGUUGAGAUUUGAGAUUGCUCAGCAUUGUUUCAAUUUUUUUUUAUUUAUAAAAUAUUCGUUAUCAAUUUGUAAAUCCGAUCAUCAUAUUCAUUCAAACAUCAUCAAAUUUGAACUUGUAAUAAUUCAACUUCCAGAGUCAAUGGCUCUUCAAUUUUAAGAAUAUCUACUUUUCGAUCUCCCGUUUCAUCUACCUAACCAUGGCUUCCAUCUCCCAAAAUCUCCUCCUGAUACUCACAACAGCAGCCCUCCUUUCUUCAACACAACAGCAACAUGUACAAGAACCAGAAGCCAUAACUCGCUUCAAACAAUACUUACGAUUCAAAACCGCCCACCCUAAUCCUAAUUACACCGCACCCGUCUCCUUCCUCAUCACCCAAGCUCAAUCCAUCGGCCUCCAAUUCAAAAUCCUCGAAUUCGUCCCCAGCAAACUCCUCCUCCUCUUAACUUGGCCGGGCUCCGACCCUUCUCUCCCUUCUAUACUCUUCAACUCCCACCUCGACUCCGUCCCCGCCGAGCCCGACAAAUGGACCCACUCUCCUUUCUCCGCCUUUCACUCCCAAGAGACCGGCCAAAUCUUCGCCCGUGGUGCCCAGGACGACAAGUGUAUCUCUAUGCAGUAUCUCGAAGCCAUCCGCAACUUGAAACUCAUUAAAAAGUUCCAACCGACCAGGACCGUCCACGUGUCCUACGUCCCGGACGAGGAGAUUGGGGCGGUCGAUGGGAUGGCGAAGUUCGUUGAAUCGGUGGAGUUUCGAGAGCUGAAUGUGGGGUUUGUGAUGGACGAAGGACAAGCUUCAACGAACGAUGAGUUUAGAGUGUUUUACGCCGACAGAUCGCCUUGGAAUUUGAAAAUUAAAGCCGUGGGUUCACCGGGGCAUGGCUCUAGGAUGUUCGAUAACAGUGCUAUGGAGAACUUGAUGAAGAGCGUUGAAAUGAUCACUACAUUUAGAGACACCCAGUUUGAUGAGGUUAAGGCUGGAAAAGCGGCGAAUUCCGAGGUUAUUUCGGUCAAUCCGGUUUAUUUGAAAGCCGGGACGCCAUCACCAACAGGCUUUGUAAUGAACUUGCAACCUUCAGAGGCCGAAGCCGGGUUUAAUAUCAGGUUGCCACCAACAGCUGACCCCGAUCUUAUGCGGAAGAGAAUUGCAGAAGAAUGGGCUCCAGCGACAAGGAACAUGACUUAUGAGAUAAUUCAGUUAGGACCAUUAAGGGAUUACAAGGGGCGCCCUCUAAUGACCCCAACAAAUGAUUCAAAUCCUUGGUGGUCCGUUUUCAAGCAAGCUGUCACAGCAGCUGGAGGAAAAAUUGCAAAGCCUGAAAUUUUGGCUUCAACUACUGAUGCACGAUACAUGAGACAGCUAGGGAUUCCCACUCUUGGUUUCUCUCCAAUGUCAAAUACUCCUAUCUUGUUGCAUGACCAUGAUGAGCAUCUGAAAGAUACUGUGUACUUGAGAGGAAUUGAGAUAUAUGAAUCUGUUAUCAGCUCUUUGAGUUCUUUUGUGGAAGCAGCUCAGGAAGCUUCUCAAUAGACUCGUCAUUCAGACGUCUCAGUAUUUGUUAAUGGGGAGGGUUUGAUCCAUAAGCUCAACUUAAUCUGGAGGUGUUUUCCCGAUUAGUAUGGUUAUGCUUGCACUCCCCCCAAAUUGUUAUUCUUGUAACAUUAUAUGAUUUGGUUGCUGUCUAGAUCUUAGAUAACAAAAAUUGCUCUAUUGGCUACUGCAGAAUUGUCUGCUAUAAUUAAUAAUAGCAUUAGUUCAUCCUUCAGCAGUUUAUGUGUCAUGUUAUGAUGUCCUUUCCAGAGGACAUCCUUAAGUAAUAUGAACUUGACUAUCGUUCCUUCA